AUGAAUAGCAAUAGAAUCUACCAUCUUAAAAAUUGCUUUGUUUCAGGAAGUACCGCGGUAAUAUACAACUGGACUGUUAUUGAAAAUCCAAAUAUAGAUCCAGCAAUUACUUUUAUAUAUGAAGCAAAGCCAGGGAAUAUCAUAGCUGAGUAUGACACUGUUGUAGCCACUGGUCAUUUUAGAUGUAAUAUUUUUGGACAUUUUAUUGAAGACGCUCUUUCUCCAUUAAUGGAAAUACCUAACGAUGUAAUAAAAAAAUCAAAAAUUAUAACUCAUGCAGAACAAAAAUAUAUUGACGAUUUUAUACCUCGCCUUGGUCUGAAAGAACAAUUUAUUAAUCUUAAACAAGAUGAAUGGGUAUAUGCUCGCGAACUUUACAUCAACUUUCUUCCUAGAGUUUACAUGGCACAUGUCGGUCCGUGUUUCAGAAAACUUACAAAACUUGUGAGAGAAAAGUUUGGUUUGUUAAAUGCAGUUCCAUAUAAGUAUGUUAUUACGAAUCGCGCACAUUAUUUUAGAAAUAUUGCUAAUUUCAAAGAAAUUGUCAGGGCUGUAAAAGCAGAAUAUCCUAAAGUUAAAUGGGAAACACACUAUCAAGCUGAAGGAAAAAUAGAAGAUACAAUAAAAAUAUAUGGAUUUGCAAAGAUUUUAUUCGGGCCAGUUGGAAGUAACUUCUUUAAUAGCGUCUUCCUACACCCAACAACAAUUUGCAUAGUAGUUUAUGCUAAUGUCUUUGAUCAUACUACACCUGCAACAAUUGGUUGUAACUUUUAUAGACUUAUUUUGUAUUGUGAACCAAAUGUACCUCAGUUCGAAAUAGUUGAUAAUAUAUUCAAUGUGACUCGAGCUCUUUUGGCUUUUAAGGUAGCUUUCUAUGUUGAAGAACACAACCAAUGGCCCGACAUUCCAAAUGGAGGUCUUUUUAUAUAA